CUUCCGGGUUUGUCCUAGUUUGCGAAAUAGGUUCAAUAAUUAGUGUGCUUUUAUUUACUUCCUAGUAUCACGAGAUUAAAAGCAUGAGCUUGAAAGAUCCUGGAACUCCACAGAAUGGCUACUCGUCCUCCUGGUAUUACAACAGUCAUGGGAAAUCUGCAUGGGAACAUCAGGUUGAGAUUGCUACAGAUGCUAGAUUGAACUUAGACACUCAAAUUACAGAAAUCACCAAAUCUCAUUGGAUUCCUACAGAGACGUGUCCCAGCUGCUGCAAUCGACAGUGCAAAAGAAAAUUUUCUCUCCUGGAUCGCCCGCAUCAUUGUCGAAGAUGUGGAAAGAUAUUCUGUAGUCCUUGUCUUCAGUUCCAAAGGAAAUUGAAUCUCCUUGCCAAUCCGGAUCCUGAAGGAAAAGCUUACAAGGUAUGUCAGACAUGUUUUGAGGAGGGCCAGGUACAGGAAGGUCAGCAUAGGAGACUGACUGAGUAUUUUUACAGACUGCGUCAACAAGGGGUACUAACAGCCUCGAUGAUAGAGAACGGCAAAGUCACAAAGUGCUGGAGACAAAGACUUGACUUAAAUGCAGAGUGUAAACGACUGACAGAGGGUUUUAAGACAGCCAUUGGAGGAUCAGAAAUAAAAAAAACCAUCCAUGACCUGAAAACUUUGGUCACCAUACCUAACUGGCAGAAAUCUUCAGCAUGGCUGCAAGAGAACUUGGCUGAGUCUUGUCAGAUCUGUGCUGCUAAGUUUGGACUUACGAGGAAGAAACAGAAUUGUAGAGUGUGUGGUAGAGCCAUUUGUAAGGCUUGCUCCACUAAAGACCUACUGUUGUUUAUUCCCAAUGAAAACAAAGAGGCUGAACCACAACUAGCCAUCAUUCGACUUAUUGGAUGUCCUGAAAAGGAGCCAGACAUAGCUUUGUACUUGAGAGUUUGUAAACUCUGCCAGGAGAAAAUUUCAACCAAACAAAUUUUAGAAAACAAUGUUACAGAUGAUGAAGCUCAAGAAGGGGCAGAUAACCUUGUCAAGCUGGAAAACCUCCACAACAAAAGUGUCAAAUUAGAACAGAAGACAGACAGGCAGCUGACACAAUAUCAGUCUGUGAUUGAGUCCCUUGAGGAUAACUCCAGAAGAGGGUCAGAUGCUGGAAAAAGCAACAUUAAAGUUCUUGCCAAGGCACAGGAGGACAUUGCUGAUUUCUUAUCACAGUAUAAUGCAAAUAUUCAGAGGACAAAACAGUUAAAGCCUUCUACAAAUACUCAAGCUAUGCUGUUUAGGAAUUGUCUAAAGAGUAAGUGUGACUUUUACUUAGAAAAUCAAUAUACAUUCCGGAAAUUAAAACAUGAGUUGGAAAAAUCAGCACCUGCAGAAACACUUCAAGUCAUACAACAAACAGUAGACCUCAAUGCAAUAACUAGUGCCCAGUUGUACGUUAGACAGCUGACGUUUGAAACCCUGCAUCUCUGUGAUAAAUACAAAAUCUGUGAUUCUAUUCCAGAACUAUUGAGCUCACUGGAUGAGGCUCUGGAAGAUGAUGCUAAAAGGUGCUUGGCUUUAAAUGGUGAAAGCUGGGAACAGCAUGAUUCCAGUAUUAAAGAAAUGAUCAGACUACAGAUGAAGGAUCACCGCCUGAUUAAACUGUCCCGUGCACAGUUAUCCCUAGGAGCUAGUGAUCAUGUGAUAACAAUGCUAACAAAACGGACAAAUGAAGUUUUACAGCAAGUACAAGUUCAACUGGAAAUGAAGUCUACCGACAAAAGCUUUCAAGGAUCAAAAACUUCUCUUAAUAAAAUUAGGGAUAGUGUCAAAGAAGCAAAAUUAGUGACAGUAUAAGUUUUCUUUAUUUACUUAGAGAGAGGAGAAUACUUGGGAAAGUGCAAUCAAAUGACUUAACAAGAGGCCUAAGGACCUCAGUGUUCACUAAAGAGAUGCAUUUGUCUUCCUGAUAACUAUGUAACUAAAAAAAAACAAUUACUGAUGCCCCAAAGUUCAUGCAAAUGAAUUUCAAAUUUUUAAUCUACAGUAGGUUUACUGUUAACAAGCUU